GUGACAUCAAGCCGGAAGUGAAAGCCGUGAAAUUACUACAAAUAGACAGAGAGGACUGUUACUGAUCCAAACACAGGUUAAGCUCGUUAAAGAGACGUGUUAAACCUACUUUGACCGUUAAACUCGGCACUGAUCCUUCAGAGCAACUAGCAACAGAACCGGGACCUUAUGUCGAACAUGGAAAAGAAUUUGUUUAACCUCAAGUUUGCAGCCAAAGAACUUCAGCGGAGUUCUAAGAAAUGUGACAAAGAAGAGAAGGCAGAGAAGGCCAAGGUCAAGAAGGCGAUCCAGAAAGGCAAUACGGAGGUUGCUCGGAUACAUGCAGAAAAUGCAAUCCGCCAGAAGAACCAAUCAGUGAACUUCCUCAGAAUGAGUGCCAGAGUGGAUGCAGUGGCUGCACGAGUACAGACCGCAGUUACCAUGAACCAGGUCACCAAGUCCAUGGCUGGGGUGGUAAAAGGAAUGGAUGCCACCCUGAAAAGCAUGAACCUUGAGAAGAUUUCUGCCCUGAUGGAUAAGUUUGAGCGUCAGUUUGAAACUCUGGAUGUACAGACAGCUCAGAUGGAGGACACGAUGAGCAGCACCACAACACUGACCACACCACAGGGUCAAGUUGAUGCACUCAUGUUGGAAAUGGCAGAUGAGGCUGGCUUGGACCUCAAUAUGGAGCUUCCUCAUGGUCCGACGGGAUCAGUGGGGACCAGUGUAGCAUCUGCAGAACAGGAUGAGCUCUCUCAAAGACUGUCUAAACUCAGAGACCAGGUGUAAGGAGAGGUGUGUGAGUGUGUGUGAGUGUGUGUGUGUGUGAGUGUGUGUGUGAGUGUGUGUGUGAGUGUGUGUGUGAGAGUGUGUGUGAGUGUGUGUGAGUGUGUGUGAGUGUGUGUGAGUGUGUGUGAGUGUGAGUGUGUGUGAGUGUGUGUGAGAGUGUGUGUGUGUGAGUGAGUGUACAAGAAACCUGUUUACUGACCUCUGGAAGAAAUGGCCUCAUUAUUUCUGUAUGUUUAAUGCAUGUGCGUGUCCAGCUUU